AUGUCGUCUGCUCAAGCAGAGCAACAAUCGACUCACAGUGCGAUGUCAGCAUCCACAAGUGGUAACCAGCCGAAAAUAAAGCAGCAAGACGAACUAACGGCAAAUUUCACAGGUGUGGUUUCAAACGUACCAUACAACUCGGAAGAACCGGUGACAGGACCAAUGAAGAUCCGGAAGACGAUCGACCCGAAUGCCUCAGCAUCGAUUCCAGUGCAAUCAUCGCCUCUUCUCUCAUCUACGCCACCAGUUGUGAGCAAAUGCCUCAUUAGAGCAUAUCCGUUUCUCAUCUAUGCGAACAAGAUUCUUGCAAUUCUCACCUGGACGGACGAAAAUCCCUUUCUCCCGGCCUUAGUCGUGUUGUCCUCCAUCUUGACAAUCCUCUACUUUGAGCAGAUCAUCACGUACUUUGGACAUUUGCUCCCAGUUCUCUUUUUAGCACUAUUCAGUCUUUCCUGUGGAUUCAUCGAAGGUCAACAGCAGGAACAUCCAACUUUGGACGACGUGGUGCACUGCCUCUCAACGCUGGCCAGCCAAUCAGAGCGGCUCCUGCUCCCUGUCACCAGCCUUAACUUGAGCGCUUACGACUUGAAAAGACUUCUAUUCACCACCGUGUUCCUCUCGCCCGCUUACGUAAUCGUCAGCUACUUCAUCCUUACACCACGAACGAUGCUGUGUGCGGCAAGCAUCUUUUUGCUCACCUACCACUCGCCGUGGUCUCGGGUGUCCCGGCGGUUGCUAUGGCGGUCCAAGACUCUUCGUAUGGUCUGUUUCUACGUGACAGGGUUGGACUUUGACCAGCAAGGUGCGAAAUCGUCACUUUUCAAGUAUGCGAUGCGCAAAACGAACAAAAAGUUGAAGGAGGUGACGCGUAAAGCAACCGGCGGAGGGAAAAAAGGCGCGGUUCGUUUUACUUACGUGUUGUACGAGAAUCAGAGACGUUGGUUGGGUGUUGGCUGGACUCCUAACUUGCUUUCUUAUGAGCGGACACCCUGGACAGACGAAUUUCUCAAUGAGGCAGAAUCUCCAGAUAACUUUGAGCUUCCCCAGUUGGAGGAUGACUCUGGAAUGCACUGGAGGUGGGUUGAUAAGACGUGGAGAGUCGAUUUGACGAAUGAUGGUGGUAUCCAGCUUCCAUCGACGAAAUCCAGGACUACUGCCGACCCUAAGCCGGAUGAAGGCUUUAUAUACUUUGACAACACGUGGCGAAACCCAACUACGGAGGACUCUUUUUCGAAAUAUACGCGUAGAAGGAGGUGGGUGAGGACUGCCGAGCUUAUUCCUUUGGCUGAUGAUCAGUUAUACGAUGAGGAAGGGGAGGCAACAGGGGAAGAAGAGGGAGAGGUUGAUGAAAGCGCUGUUGGAAAAGCAGUCGGAAAGGUGUCCCGAAAGACAGCAAGAAAGAUGUCAGGAAGGACAGCAGGAAAGAUAUCAGGAGAGAUAUCAGGAGAGACAUCAGGAAAGAUAUCAGGAAAAGCACUCGGGGCGGAUGCUGGUGUCGGACAUGUCCGUAGAAGAAGUGCACACUUUGCAGAGCAAGAUGUGGAGUCUGAACCAGCAAAUCAACCGUCAAAAGUGAAGUUUGCAGGUGUGGUUACAAGAAAGGGCAGUCAAAAUGCACUCAAUCAGACAGAAGGAGAGCAGAGUAAAGCCGAGGAGGCAGAUACAGCACAACUAAGCAAUGAUGACAUGAGACUACGGGCUGAAUCAGUUAGUGCGGUCCAGAAUGUGAGUGCAGAAGGGGAUAUUUCGACAUCUUCUACGAAGGCGAAGAGGAGGAAGAGUUUGAGAUUGGAUACUGAGCCAAGUGUGAUGGGUGAAGCGGAUAAUACGGAGGAGUCUCACAGUAAGAAGGAUGAUUAG